GGGGGGGGUGGUGUUCAACCUGCUAAUUAAUUCUUAUUCUGUUAGUAUCAACAUUAUCCUCUGUCUUAAACACAUAAAAACAAAAGUUGUUGUGAAGGAGAGCUCUCAGUUUUUUUCAAUAACCAUAAGAAAAGGAAACGACGUGUGUCAGGUAAGUUGAAAGCUGAAAUGAAGGAAUUCUGAAACCAUGUCUCUGUAACAGAGCUGUGAUGCAGCCUGGGAUUGAGUCGGUCUGACCUCAGGCUGGAUAAUGAGCCUAUUGUACCAGUGUGUGUCAGGGGGUCCCAGUCUCACAUGGCCCAGUUCCUUCUUACACAGUGUGUGUGUCUCUGCCUGUCUGUAUGGGUCUGCAUGCAUGAGCGUGGCUGCGCUGACCAUCACAGGACUGGACCUUCAUCAAGUGAGUCGUUCAAGUAUCGCACACGGAUCCAUGAACUGAAAUGUAUCAUUUGAAAUGAUUGCCAAACCUCUUAACAGGGGAGUAGAGGGUGUUUAAACCAAGCAACACACCUGUAUAGCACCAGGUAUGGUAUCUCCCUGGAGAGGUGGAAGAGCACUGGAAAAAGGGAGAGUGGAAAAACGAGUGUGAGAGUGUAUGUGCGUGCGUGUAUGUGUGUGUAAGCUUGAGGCGAUUAUGGGCGAAACACAGCAGGCUCUGUGAAUGGAUGCUUUCAUGUGUGGGAGAUCCGACUGUUUAUUGAGUCUCAUAAGCACUCUGGUAAUGUGCAACAGCUUUGAAUGCAUUCAUGAAUUGUUUCCCCUGCUGCAAUGCAAUGUAAGGUGUAAUUUUAACACUCAGUUGCAGACCUUUUCCUUCUUGGCAACAACAGUGUUGAGAUAUUGAGAGAAUAACUGUUGAAAGAAAAGAAAGCUUGUUAACAUAAAGAAUGUAUUCUGGAACACCUUGAGGACAGAAUAAAAGGUAAGGUAUGCAGGGUGGAGUUUCUGGAAACUGGACACCUAUGUGAUCCCCAGGUUGAGGAGAUCUGAGGAGGAUAUGGUGACACCAACAGUUUUGUACAGUUUUCUUUGUCUUUAUUGUCUGUUCUGGUAUUGUUUCCAAUCCCAGUGCUUUAUUUCAAGCAUGUUCGAUUGGCGUGGCUUCAACUCCCAGGGUGAAAAUGUUUUAUCCUCUUUUUACCAAGCUACUGUGCCACUGGACAGGGCUGUGAUCUUUUGAAACCACCUCCAUCAAUCACUGAUAUUAUUCACACGAACAUGUCGCUCUCACCUCUCAGCAACCUUAAAUCAAGAAAUCCAAACUGGAGUCUCUGACACAAACUGGACAGCUCUGUCGUCACACCUGCUGCUGAGAGGGGGAAAAGAACAAAGUCACCCAGUGUUCCCGCUGAACCUCGCAGCUCAUCUGGAGACAACGUUGACCUUCUUUAAUGUGUUCUCUUCCACCCCUCCUAGACGACCCUUUGCAGGUGUGUGGGCUUAUAUCUGGGCUCCGCUCCCAUCUGGCCUCAGGAGUCGUCUCCUUCUCCGAGGGCCUUCUCACUGCCAGCAGGAGCAGGAUUGGAACUCUCUGGAUCUCCUCAGACCGUAGGCCUGACAACACUACGGAACAUUGGAACUAAAAACACGCAGCAAAAGAAUAAUGUGUUCCCAGAGAGAGUGCAACCCCCCCUUUCCCAUCCCUCUGAACUGCAUUCCAAUGCGCUCCAUUGCCAAGGAUGCAACCCGCUCAAUCUGUAUUUACAUCUCUCUGUCUCUCUCUCCGUCUCUCCCUCACUCUGGCUCUUUCGCACCCUCUCUGUAUCUGUCUCCCUCUCUCACACACAUGCGUGAACACAGCAGUCCAAGACGUUUGUGUUGCCAGAGAAAGACUGACUCAUCCUUAAGUGUAGCUUUCAGACUCAAGGUUGUGAUAUUCAGGCAGCAUAGGGCAGUACUAGGAGGACAGCUUGUUUCUCUGAGGAGAGCCAUGGUCAAAUGAGGACAACCAGGCCUUAGCCGAUAACACGGCCCAGACCCAGACAGCGUGGCAGGCAUGUGUUAGUGCGAAAGGCUGAAAUCCCCAUGACAGAUCUGAUAUCUUAAACCCUUUGAGUUGGACCAGCUGGGUUUGAAUCAAUCAAAUAUUGAAUGGAAGUUUAGAUUGACAGCCAGGAUUAUAUGAACUUUUCAACAUUUGCUUACUCUUAAAGUUUGGCAGCUUAACAUGGUCUUGCCAAUCCCCCAACACCACCAGAUGUUUCUCUGCAGUGAGGUGGAGGUUGGUGAUAACUGCUCUAGUAAAGGGAAGGACAGCUGCAGCCUCUGUGUCCCUCCCCCAGAGACCUCCACGUCCCUGGGUCAGCCCACAGGAAACAUCCCGGGUCUCCAGGCCUAGCUGGAGACAUUUGGAAUCCAUUUGGUUACUUGGUUGCUGAUAUUUGUUGUUUGUUUUUAUUUUGAUAAAUGAUCCACCAUCCCGUCUUUGGCCGUGACCAUGGGAACAGAAAGAGGAGAUCAAUAAAGAACUUUUCUUCUCCUGUUCUCCCUCGUUCUCUCUCUCUGCCAGAGAGUUCCUGUGGGACUGCUCAAGUGCUGGCUCAUAUAUUUCCUCACUUCCUGUGGAACAGAAUUGUAUCUCUGUAUUCAUGGUCCAGCGGUGGUCUUGAACUACCAUUGAUGGUCAUUCUAUUCAAUGCCAUAUGUCCAAGAUUCAACAUUUCCAGAUUGGAAAACCCCCUUUGUUUUGCUGACAAUGCGUGGAGCAGGACAGGAAGCAGCCCGGAGGAAUUCCACUGAUGACUCAAGGUCUUUUCCGUCUCCUCCUACACCACAUGUCCACAGACUUCCACCCCGGCUCCUCAACUUCCCAUGACAAUCAGUGCUUUUACACACCAGUAUUUAUGUAUCACUGCUUACAUCCACAACAAGCUGUGCAAAGGGAGGAAUGUGUGAGAAGCUGGUCGAGGUUUGCUCUCACUUGACCUCGUGGCAUCUUCGGAAAGCAUCUAAACCCUGGACUCCCUCACCAGUUCAAAGUCGGAAUCCAACUUCAACCACGAGGGUCGACUUGAGAGGCGUUUGACACGGAAGUCUGUGGCCAGUUCAACUCAAUGACCUUUGACCUGCAGUCAGUCCUAUUUUGGAGGGCACCCCUGAUGUUGCUGCCCCCUCUGAGGCAUGACGGGCUGGGAGUGUAACCCUGCACCCUGGGGCCCUGCAGAGCAGCAGAGCUCAGUCGGUGACUGAAGUUUACCAGAGGGAACAUACUGACAACCAUGUGGCUGCCCCUCGACACCACUCUGUGGAUUAAACUACAGAAUAUCCCAUGGACCUAACCCCGUCUUGGACCGUCCAACAGUAGAAUGGAUCUCCAUGUGCCAGACGGAGUGAGUGACAGCGCCGCCAACAUGGACAGCGUGAACAGGAACGUGGUGGAACAGGGCCGACAGACACACCAGGUCCUACAGAGCACUUCUCUGGACCUGAUAGAGACGAGCAGGUCCCUGAAGGUCCAGGCAGAGCGCCCCCACCUGGUCAGCCUGGGAAGUGGCCGUCUGAGCACAGCUAUCACCUUGUUACCACUGCAGGAAGGCAGGACGACCCUGGGCUCAGGGAACACAGACAUCCCCCUACAGGGGCCAGGGGUGGCAGCUCAGCACUGCUACAUCGACAACAAGGCCGGCAACAUCACCCUGCACCCCUGCGGAAACCAGUGCUCCAUGGACGGCCUUCCAGUCACCAAACCUGUCCGCCUGUCUCAAGGGUGCAUGCUCUGUUUUGGUCAGUCUGCCUUUUUCCGCUUCAACCACCCAGAGGAGGCCCUAAGGAUGAAGAGUAUGCUGCCUGGAGGGAGCCAGGGGCCGGGCACCUACAGGGGUCACCACACAGAUGACCGUGCGGUUGUAAAUGGGAACCAUCAGGUUCUUCCCUCUGAGAGGAUGAAGCCAGGACAGGGCUCUCAGUCUAGCAACAUAGAGAGGGACCUUCAGGAGAUCAUGGACUCCCUGGUGAUCGAGCACCCCCAGCUCUCCUCAGAGCCUGUCAAGCUGACCCAUCACCCCAUUCCCCAGUCCCCCCUUUCCCCCAUGCUCAACGGGGGUGGACGCUACCUGCUCUCCUCUCCCACCAGCCCUGGGGCCAUGUCAGUGGACUCCAGCUACGAGAACGCCUCACCAUUCUUUUCCCCUCUCUCCUCCCCCCCAUCUGGCGCCGGUGCUGGCACCCUUCCCAGCCAGGACACAGGCUCUACCACCCCCCCAGUACCUGCCUGCUCCUCCAGGUACAACAACCAGACUCCUGUUCCCCACGCCCGGACCUCCCUGCCUGGGCCCUCUAGUGGUCCAGCAACUGGGCAGAGGGUGUCUGAGAGUCCCAGGCCUCAGAGGAGGGCCGUGGUGGAGGCCUCUCCCAGCCCUACACCUAACCGUAGAGGCCAGGACUCCCCUGGCUCAGAGAGCACCAGACCUGCUCAUGGGGCUUUGCCCAGCUCCAUCCCCAGAUUAGCCCCCAAGUUUGCCCCAGCAGCAGCCUCAGCUACCCCCUCCAGCCCCAGAACGAGGGAUAGCCCUCUGGUCCAACUCCACCCCCGCACAGACAGCCCUCAACAGGCACGCUGGACCCCAGAGCCCACCACUGCAUCCAGCCUGAGAAAGCUGCCCCCUCUCAGCCCCUCUAUGUCCCGCAGGGGUACCCCCGGACCCCAGAGCUUCAUCCCAGCUCCAUCCUCCAAUCAGCGCACGUCUUCUGGGAAGCCGGUCUCUGAGAGUCCCCAGGUCCGGAGCAUAUCUGCCUCCCCGUCAGAGGAGGAGGGGGUGUCUCCAGGGAGAGGGCUACGUGCCAGGAGUCCCUCCCCCACCUCGAGUCUGGGGAGGGAGCAGGUUGGUAGGCAGCAAAGCGCCAGCCCUGGCAGUGGCCUCACCCCAGGCCUGAGCCCUCUGUCUGGGCCCUCUCCUCUCACCAGCCCCCGGAGCCAAAGGAAGGCCUCCAGCAGCACAGGGUCAUCCUCCAGGGAUGCCCGGCCUGUCCGUCCUCGCACCCGGGAACGUAAGAACAGCAUCUCGGAGAUCAGCGACAACGAGGACGAGCUUCUGGAGUACCACCGCUGGCAGAGGGAGGAGAGGCUUCGCGAGCAGGAGAUGGAGAGACUGGAGCGCCAGAGAUUAGACACCAUCCUGAACCUGUGUGCAGAGUACAACAAAGGUGACUGCCCUGUGGGUCUGAACGAGGCCGCGAGGACCGGGCUGUUCCCGGGGUCUGGGGAGGAGGGCGCUAGAGGGCCCCCCGCAGAGAGAGGGGCGGGGCCUGUCCAGCGAGGGGGAGGGGCCCAGAGGCAGAGGGAGAGUGACGAGGAGAACCAGAGAGAAGAGUCCAGCAGCACAGAGAGCACCCAUCAGGAGUGUGAGGACGUGUCUGGGGUUGUUUUGGCCGCAGGCGGGAGUCCUGAGCAGGUGUACCUGGAGGAGGAGCGGGGCAGGGUCCUGGCCAGGGUGGAUGAGCUCAAACACAGGGUCACAGAGAUGGAGCAGCAGCUGCAGGAGUCUAGACAGGAGGCGGAGAUGGAGCGAGCUCUGCUGCAGGGGGAGAGGCAGGCGGAGCAGGAGCAGGUGGAGGCAGAGACGGACAUCAUCGCCCAGUUACAGCUCAAACUGAGCCAGCUGGACAAGGCCACCCAGAGGGAGAAGGACAAGGGGAGGGCUAAUGUGUCGGCUGAGAGGGAACUCCUGGACAGACUGCGUGAGGGGUACAAUGAGCUGAAGAGCCAGCUCCAUAACUGCCCUGAGUCACUGAGGGAACAGUUACAGGAACAGCUGCGCAGGGGGGCCGAUGCUCUGGAGAGUGGGACCAAGCAGUUUGAGGACCUGGAGUUUCGCCAGCUGGAGAGAGAGAGCGGUCUGGAGGAGGAGAAGGAGACCCUGAGCCGACAGCUGCUCCAGGAGAGGGCCGAGUACUACCGCAGCGUGGCCAAGAGGAAGGAGAAGAUGGGUGUUCUGGAGAGUCAGGCCAAUCAGCUGGGCCUGCAGGCUGCUCAGGACUGUGAGAAGAUGGCCAAGGACAGGACCCUGGCUCUGCAGCUUCUCCACAAAGAGAAGGACAGGCUGAUUGCUUUGGAGCAGAGGUACCACAUCCUGACGGGAGGGAGGAGCUUCCCCAAGCCAAUCAGCAACAUGAAGGAGGACGUACUCCACAUCAGUGAACCUGACCUUGCUGAGGAGGAAGGUUCUCUGCACACUCCCUGCCCCUCCCCAGCCUCCUCCUCCUCUUCCUCUCUCACCCCCUCCCCUGAACUCUGUCCCAUCAGGCCACAGGAGGAGUACCUCAGGCUUGCUGAUGUCUAUAAGAUGUAUGGAAGCGGUUUCUAUCCACCUCCCUCCACCCCUCCUGCUCCUCACUGCCUCCCUCUCCCUGUAGCCUCUGCUGCCCCACGCCAGGAAUACAUCACCGUCAGUCAAUUGAGUCAGAUGUUUGGGAUGCAGAAAGUUGAGCCCUCCCCUGCCUCCUCUAUCCAGUCAUUCCAGCUUGCUCUCUCUGACCCUUCCUACUCCUGCCUCUCAACGCCAUCUGGCCCCUCCCGCCCUCUCUCAGUUGAGAGCCAGCCUGAGUGGAACAGGCCUCACAACAGCAGCCUCAGUUUAGAGCGCUGGUACCAGGAUAUCAUGUCUUCUGGGGAUGCCCCUCAGCCUUGCCCCCCUCCACUUCCUGCUAAGUCUCACUCCUCUCGCAGGCAAGGCCAGGUGUUCCGGUCCAAACCGGAUGGUGAAGUCGGACAGACACCACCGCGCUCUAACGUCAACGGAGCGGGGACCCCGCCACAGUCCAAUGGGGUCACGCUGGGACGAAGCACACCCACCAAGGGCCUUCAGCUGGUGCCCAGGGACUUGUCAGUGUUAAGCCCUGCAGACAUGGACACCAGGAGGCAGCUGGCUCUGCAAAGUAAAGGUCCUCCAUUGGUCCACCACUCCAUCCUGCAUCAUCAGGCACCGCCCGCUGGUGACCAGGCGUAUGACACUCUAAGCCUGGAGAGUUCCGACAGCGUGGAGACCAGCGUCUCCACUGGCAACUCCGCCUGUUCCCCAGAAAGUGGAAGUGGGCUUGAGGCCCUGAGGAUCGAGGAGAUGGAGAAGAUGCUGAAGGAGGCUCAGCAGGAGAAAGCCAGGCUGGUGGAGAGUCGAGAGAGGGAGGUGCAGGCUCGACGGCAGCUGUUGGAGGAGGAGCGGAGGAGGCGCGAGGAGGCCGAGAGGAGGCUGCAGGAUGAGACCGCCCACAGGCAGAGGCUGGUGGAGGAGGAGGUGAAGAUGAGAGAGAAGCACUUCUCCCAGGCCCGUCCUAUGACACGCUACCUGCCCAUCCGGAAGGAGGAGUUUGACUUGCGCGCCCACGUGGAGUCCUCGGGCCACAGUGUGGACACCUGUCCCUAUGUCAUCCUGACGGAGAAGAUGUGCAAGGGGCAUCUGGUCAAGAUGGGGGGCAAGAUCAAGUCUUGGAAGAAACGCUGGUUUGUCUUUGACCGCCUCAAGAGGAACUUCUCCUACUACGUAGACAAGCAUGAGACCAAGCUGAAAGGGCUGAUCUACUUCCAGGCUAUAGAGGAGGUCUACUACGAUCACCUGCGCAGUGCCACAAAGAGCCCAAACCCAUCCCUGACCUUCUGUGUGAAGACUCACGACCGUCUCUACUUCAUGGUGGCCCCCUCUCCAGAGGCCAUGAGGAUCUGGAUGGACGUCAUAGUAACGGGUGCAGAGGGCUACACACAGUUCAUGAGCUGAGGGACAACAGGGUUCCAGACCUGUACAAUACCAGGAGAUAGCAUGGGUCCUCUCCCAAACACCCACCCUCCGCUCUCCCUCUCACCGGCCACGUGAAACUCUGAGGACGGGACUCGGGUGAUCUGGGAUGGACGUCUCCACAUACGGUGGCUUCUCUGGUGCUCACACUUGUUGUACCAUGAGUCAAAAAUACUAAGGAAAUGAAAGGGAAGCUUUUUUACUUAAUCUGUUCAAUAGUCAAUCUAAGAGUUGUAUUUAUACUGCGUGAUUGCCAUGCCUGGUUAAAUGAGUUUAUACUACCUGCCAAUGACUCCAUUAAGGGAACUGUGUAUGAAGACUGAAAGUAUAUAAACAGUAUUUCCUUUUUCAUUUCAAAAUAAUAUGUAUGCAGUUUCAGUUGCCAAUGAACCUAAUAGUACAUAUUUGACUAAAUGCUCAUUUAAUUAUUUUAUAUUGUGUUACAGACUAUUCUGUUGAAAUGUUUGUAACAUAUACUGUAUUCUUUACUGUUUUUCUGUAUGUUUGGACAGUGUCAAGAAAUUAAUCCGUUUUAUAUUCUUUAAAAAAUACUUUUCAUAGGGAGAUCACAUGAACAUGCUUGCAUUUCAAACCAGUGUCAGGUUGAAGACAACACAAAACUGAAGCGUAAACAAAGCUUGGUACUUCAUGUUAUGUCAUAUGGUAACACUAUCUUGUCAUAAACAACUUUGAAAUAAAACAAAUGCACAGGC